AUGGAGCGUUUUGUAAGAAGCUAUAUGGUUACGGAAAAUGAUGCUUCCGAAGAGGCUUGUUCAAUUGUUUCUUCAAUUACAAGAAGCAUGCAUGAUGGCGAAGUAUCAUUACUUGCAUUUAUUACGCAGCUCGAGGAGUUUUUGACUAGCGAAGAAUCUUCAAUUCGGGCAAAAGGCACAGGACUUCUAUCUGCUGUCCUGAAAGAAUGUCCACAAGAGCAAGUGAAUGUAGCUGCUGCAAAUGUGUUGGUAGAUUUCUAUUGUGAAAGACUGUCCGACGUAUCAAGUGUUCCAGAACUUAUCCACGGAUUAGUGUCUCUUCUGCAGUUCAACUCUUUUCGUGACGAGCAUGCUGUCAAAAUUUCAAAAUCGAUUUUUGCGAGCGUAAAUGUUCAGAGUCACCAGCAAACGACGCGUCACGGAGUAUUUCAAAUAUUUGAUAUGAUAUUACAAAGUCAUUUGGAUGCCUUGAAGCGCUCAGAAAUUGAUUUCGUCGGUGGUUUCAUUCAUGUCAUGGAUGGCGAAAAAGAUCCAAGGAACCUAUUAAUGGCAUUUUCAUUAGUUAAAAUAAUGAUAAGGGAAUUUGAUAUUUCCCAACAUAUAGAGUCAUUGUUUGAAGUUACUUUUUGCUACUUUCCCAUCACCUUUAAGCCGCCACCCGAUGAUCCUUAUGGAAUCACCGCUGAUGAUCUAAAAAUUGCCCUCAGGGAGUGUUUGUCAGCAACACCACUUUUUUCUAAAAACGUAAUGCCGCUAUUGUUAGAAAAACUGACAUCCACGUCUGGAAAUGCAAAGAAAGAUUCAAUGGAAACUUUAGCAGCUUGUGCUUCUGUAUACGGAAUCGAUGCCAUUCAUCCUUUUGUUGAAGAUUUGUGGGAAUAUCUUAGAGAUGAGACGUUUAACGCGCCGGAUGACUCAAUUGAAGUGAUUGCCCUCGAAGCAAUUCGUAGCAUAGUGGCAACACUGUCGGUUGGUGUGAUUAAAGGGUCCGAUCGCUUGCAACAAUUUUUGAAAACUGCGGUAUCUGAAUGUAUGGAAAAUCUUAAAACUCCAGAACUUAAAUUGUCCAGACCAAGUGGAAAGAUUUUAAAAUAUUGUGCAAUGGCAUCAGAUCCCUCAUAUGACAUUAUUAUUCUUGCGACGAUGCACGGAUUGUUGGAUCAAUAUAGAAGCAGUGAUCUGGCGACAGGAAAAAAGGCAAUAUUAGAAGUAUUGAUGGAAUAUAUUGAUGCUGCUCGACAUCUCUAUGACAUUUAUUUAGACGACCAAAACGUCGUAAAUCCUCUAGUGCCAUAUAAAGAUGACCUCUUAGAGGUAUUCGGUUCGGCAUUAUUAGAGGUCAAUGAAUAUAGCGAAUUAAGGUUGUGUGGUUUACGUGGAUUAUUUGAUAUGAUCUUGCUAAGGCAAUUUCUAUCGGAUAAUGAAGUUGGGAUCAUUUUACAACACUUUACUCAAAUCAUACUGAAUGAAGAUGAUCGGGACAUCGUGAAGAAGGCAGUAAAUUAUUUGGGAAAAGUAGCUCAUCUUAAACCAAGAAUUGUGUUAGAAGUGACACUUCCGACAUUUAUGUCUCAGCUUCCUUCUAACUAUGAAACAUUGAAUCUCUCUAAUAUUCACGGAGCAAAAUACAUCAAGGCGCUCGAGGCAUUUUCCGAAAUACCAAUUGAGCCGAUCUUAUUUGAGGCCUUGGUACCAGAAAUUUUGGAAAAGUUGGAUGGAAUUCAUUUUUCACUUUCUAAUUUAAACGUUGAAUACGCAAGAGCCUUAUUACGAUCCCUUCUCUCCUUGCUUAUCAAGAAGUCAUCGUUAAAUCACGAUGAUAUUUCACGAUAUGUGAAUACCCUUGUGCCUCACCUUAUCGCAAAGUGUGUCGGACCAACCCUUGAGAUGGAUGUUUCUGCGAAAUAUGUUUUUUGUGAUUUCGAAAUUGUCAAAAUUACUGCAGGAAUAAUUUCGAUAAUCACAAGGAAUUUGGGUGUUAGUGAGCAAGCAGUAUUCUUUGCACAAAUUUUUGAAUUAUUCACCCAGGGAAAUACAAGUUUUCUUCCAUUUUCGGAAGUCGAAAAGAGUAAACAUGUGAUUCCUUUCCGACCUCUUUCGCCUGAAUCCAAUUCAUCUCAGAAAACCUUGACCUUUUUUUUUACUUCAUCCGUUUGCCAUAUAAGACCGGAAGUUCCAUAUCCUGUACCGGAUAUUUCUGAUUUUUUGUCAGGAAUAAUGUCCACUUCUUUGUCAUCCACCAGCGAAGAACAACAACUUUCGUUGGCUCAAUUAGCCGCCUCCGUAUUGAAUAAGUGGAGUCAAGAAAAGGAAUUGGAAGCUUUUGUACGGAAGAAUGUACUUGGAGAAUUGUUGGGUCACUUAACCUCUGGGUCUUUUAGAAAAGAGUCAUUGAAUCUAUAUCUUUGGUUAACGAAGGCGUUAGUGCUUCGUACACACUCUCUCGGAAAUGAAUGUAUGGACCAGAUAAUGAAUCUGUUUGAAGAUCCCGCGUUUGGAAAGCAAGCGUCCGAAGGAAUUAGCGUGAUUAUUGGGGAUAAUGAUAUUUUGAGUAAACAAAGCUUUUCUAUAAUAAAACUUCUUUACAAGCAACGAUUCUUCAAUUAUAUCAUGCCCAAGUUGAUCGAAGGAUUCAAAAGAUCAAAUAAUGAUAAUUACUUGAUCGCAUUAUCGCAUUUAUUACGAAAUGUACCAAAACAGAUAUUACUUAGCGAACUUUCUCCAUUAUUUCCUUUACUCAUUCAAUCAUUAUCAUUGCCUGAUCCCAAUCUCCAAGUAUCGACAAUUGAUACAUUCUAUUUGAUCGCUCUUGAAGCACCGCACAUAAUUUCCGAACAUAUCUCGACCAUAAUUCCGUUAAUGCUAUCAUUUGUUCAGUCGACGAAUGGAAAUAGCAUGAGAGUUCGUAUAUCCUCGUUACAAUGUCUGGGCGCAUUUCCUGAUACGAUCCCAUUCGACGUGUUGUAUCCCUUCAAAUCAAAAGUUUUAAAGGAAAUAGGAAAUGCUCUGGAUGAUAAAAAACGGUUGGUUCGAAAAGAGGCAGUCGAUUGUCGUAGCAGAUGGUUCUUAUUUACGGGACCUAAACCGAAUUGA